AUGGCUGACUCACCCAAAGUUACCAAGUCCCGGGGAAAAAGAUGGGAAGACCCGAAGAAACGACAGUACUCCCAAAAGGAUGUUAUUUUCCUCUGGGCCUGUCUUGAAUCUAUUAUGAAAAAUUCCCCGAGCUCGUCGAUCGACUACAACGCUGUGGCCAAGAAGGUCAACCUGUCUAAGAGCUGCACUCAGAGCAUUUUUUAUGAGCUGCGUAAAUACCUGAGCUCCGAGAUGGAUAGUGACGACUCGUCUGCCCAGUCACCUGUCCAAUCGCCCACCAAGAAAAAGCUUCCGAAGGACAAGAAGAUAGCUAUUGAGAUCGAAACUAUGCAGAAGCUCUCGAAGGAAGACCUUCAAGACGAGUUUAUGGACGAGGCUUAA